UUUAAGAUACCCAGUUAAGGUGAACAAAUGGGUUGGGUUAAUUCUAACGAUUUUGACUACAAAUAUUUAUUUAAAAAAAUUGAGCCUAGAAUUACCCGUCACCUGAAAUGACUCCCGAACAACUCCAAAAACUUUUGCCUUAUAAAAAGUCAGAAGAUUCGAUACAUUUUAACCUGCCAGAUAAUUUUGUUCCUGGAUCCAUAGCUUUCGCCAACUUUCCUGUUCGACCCAAUACGCGUAAACAAACAAAUAAACCUAUUAAAAAAACACAUCACUCCACUUGGACUCAAAGUGAAGCAAAAAGGAUCUAUGUAAAAAAGACGAUGAACUUAUAUCAUUGGACACAGCCUGGACUCCCCACAGACUUUGUUCGAAAAAUUAUUUCAGAUAGCUGGGAUAAUAUGACCGUAGAUGAAAAACAAGUGUACGAAAAACAGGCUAACGGAGAGUAUGGGCCCUUGAUGGUUCACCCUCACUUGUCACUUAUGUAUCAGUGUGGACAGCUAGGAAAGUUUUCCAAUCAAUCAAAAAAUGCAUAAAGGAGUUUCAUAAAUUAAAGUUAUAAUGUUAAAUAUGCAUAUAUAUUAAUUUAUUAUCAUAAUAUUAUUUUAUUAAUACAAUAAUACACUUUAAUAGUCCAACGUAUAAUAUACGUCGUAUAUCAAUGUAAAAUAUAUUUUUUUCUUAUUAAAAGUCAAUUGAUCAGUAUAAUACAUAGUGGUUUAAUCUUUAUUCAUACAUAUUGUAUCUACAUAUUUUUUUCAAUAUGUAUUUAGUAAGUAAAUAGACACUACACGCUGAUUUAAAUAUCUUUCGUUCACUUUCCGUACAAACUUUUUAUCAAAUGAUCUUUUUGUUUGAGCUAUGCGCAGUUUAAAUGAUAACAAUGGUUCAUAAAGCUAUAUGGCCUUAAAUUUCUGUAUUUUAGUGUUUUUAUUUUUAAUUAAUACAUAUUAUAUUUUUU